CAGCUGUCGUGAGACAAGAUGGGGGACUGGAACUUAUUAGGCAGCAUCUUGGAAGAAGUGCACAUUCAUUCCACCAUUGUGGGAAAGAUCUGGCUCACCAUCCUUUUCAUCUUCCGAAUGCUGGUGCUCGGCGUAGCAGCCGAAGAUGUGUGGGACGACGAGCAGAGCGAGUUUGUCUGCAACACGGAGCAGCCUGGCUGCAAGAACGUCUGCUAUGACCAGGCAUUUCCAGUCUCCCUCAUCCGUUACUGGGUCUUACAGAUCAUUUUUGUGUCCUCGCCUUCACUCGUCUACAUGGGCCACGCUUUGUACCGUCUGAGGACCCUGGAGAAAGAAAGACACAAGAAGAAAGCCUGUCUGAAGGUCGAGCUGGAGGGAGCAGACCCCGACCAGGAGGACCAUAAAAGAAUCGAGCGUGAACUCAGGAAACUGGAUGAACAGAAGAGAGUCAGGAAAGCUCCGCUUCGAGGUUCUUUGCUGCGCACGUAUGUUUUCCAUAUCUUGACCCGGUCCGUGGUGGAGGUGGGCUUCAUCGUAGGUCAGUGCGCUCUUUAUGGUUUGGGUCUAUCUCCUCUGUACAAAUGUGAAAGGUCACCCUGCCCGAACAGUGUGGACUGUUUCGUGUCGAGACCAACGGAGAAGAACAUUUUUAUGGUUUUUAUGCUGGUCAUUGCCGGAGUCUCUUUGUUCCUUAACCUCUUGGAAAUCUUUCAUCUGGGCGUGAAGAAGAUCAAGCAGAGUCUGUACGGAUACAAGUACGGGGACGAUGACAGCAUUUGCAGGUCGAAGAAGAACUCUGUGGUUCAGCAGGUUUGUCUGCUAACCAGCUCCUCACCGCAGAAGUUGAUGCAGCUCACACACAUUACCAGUCCUGAUCCCCACACGCUUGUUCAUGGAGAAGUUCUGCCUUAUCAUUUAGUAAACCCAGUGGGCUUGAGCCAGCUCCCCACACAGACGUACCACAUGAGCCAAACGGACAUGCAGAGUGUGCAGCAGCUGGGGACAGCUGAGCACCGCUUCUCUCUGGACAACAGGAAGCCCUCGUGCAGCAGCGACAUUUCAAACGGACCUCAGGGUCUGAGCAAGCCGCGCUAUGCAGGACCCCGAGAAACCCUGAUGGCCAGCCACAUAGAGAUCCCAGCAGCCCUGAGGAACCCACAGAGGAAGCAGAGCAAAGUGAGCAUCCACAAGGAGCUCAGUGACAUGAGUGACUCUCCAGGAAGUAGCCACUACCCGUCAGCCAGAAAGUGCAGCUUCUUGUCACGAGGAAUGUCAGAGGCCAAGCUGGCCAGUCCGUCAGACAGCGACGCCUCCCAGAGCGGAACAGACACUGAGGCCCUGCACCUACACCAAGGGGAGAGUCCAGCUGUGACACCACCUCCUCCAGCCAGUGGGAGGAGGAUGUCCAUGGUGAGGAAGUUGUCUGUUUGA